AUGCUUCCCGUCGCCCUCAUUUCCCUUCCCGUCGCCCUCAUUUCCCUUCCCUUCGCCCUCAUUUCCCUUCCCUUCGCCCUCAAUUCCCUUCCCGUCGCCCUCAAUUCCCUUCCCGUCGCCCUCAUCUCCCUUCCCGUCGCCCUCAUUUCCCUUCCCGUCGCCCUCAUUUCCCUUCCCAUCGCCCUCAUUUCCCUUCCCGUCGCCCUCAUUUCCCUUCCCUUCGCCCUCAUUUCCCUUCCCGUCGCCCUCAUUUCCCUUCCCGUCGCCCUCAUUUCCCUGCACGUCGCCCUCAUUCCCCUUCCCGUCGCCCUCAUUUCCCUUCCCGUCGCCCUCAUUUCCCAUCCCGUCGCCCUCUCUUCCACUCACCCUCUCAUCCUCCGUUCAUCUCAUCCGCCCUUCAUCUCAUCCGCCCUUCCUCUCAUCCGCCCUUCCUCUCGUCCUCCCUCCCCCUCGUCCUCCCUCCCCCUCAUCCUCCCUCCCCCUCAUCCGCCCUUCCUCUCGUCCGCCCUUCCUCUCGUCCUCCCUCCCCCUCAUCCUCCCUCCCCCUCAUCCUCCCUCCCCCUCAUCCGCCCUUCCUCUCAUCCUCCCUUCCUCUCAUCCUCCCUUCCUCUCGUCCUCCCUUCCUCUCAUCCUCCCUUCCUCACAUCCUCCCUUCCUCUCAUCCUCCCUUCCUCUCAACCUCCCUUCCUCUCAACCUCUCUUUCUCUCAUCCUCUCUCCCAUUCAUCCGCCCUUCCUCUUAUCCUCCCUCCCUCUCAUCCGCCGUUCCUCUCAUCCUCCCUUCCACUCGUCCUCCCUUCCUCUCAACCUCUCUUUCUCUCAUCCUCGCUUCCUCUCAUCAUCCCUUCAUCUCAUCCUCUCUCCCUCUCGUCCUCCUUUUCUCUUAUCCUCCUUUCCUCUCUUCCUCUCUCCCUCUCAUCCUCCCUUCAUCUCAUCCACCCUUCCUCUCGUCCACCCUUCCUCUCGUCCACCCUUCCUCUCGUCCUCCCUCCCCCUCAUCCGCCCUUCCUCUCGUCCUCCCUUCCUCUCAUCCUCCUUUCCUCUCGUCCUCCCUUCCUCUCGUCCUCUCUCCCUCUCAUCCUCCCUUCCUCUCGUCCUCCCUUCCUCAUAUCCUCCCUUCCUCUCAUCCUCCCUUCCUCUCAUCCUCCCUUCAUCCCAUCCUCUCAUCCUCCAUUUCUCUUAUCCUCCUUUCCUCUUGUCCGCCCUUCCUUUCAUCCUCCUUUCCUCUCGUCCUCCCUUCCUCGAUUCCUCUCUCCCUCUCAUCCUCCCUUCCUCUCAUCCUCCCUUCCUCACUUCCACUCUCCCUCUCAUCCUCCCUUCCUCUCGUCCUCCCUUCCUCACAUACUCCCUUCCUCUCGUCCGCCCUUCCUCUCAUCCUCCCUUCCUCACAUCCUCCCUUCCUCUCAUCCGCCCUUCCUCUCAUCCUUCCUUCCACUCAUCCACCCUUCCUCUCAUCCUCCCUUCCUCUCAUCCUCCCUUCCUCUCGUCCUCCCUCCCUCUCAUCCUCCCUUCCUCACAUCCUCCCUUCCUCACAUCCUCCCUUCCUCUCAUCCUCCCUUCCUCUCAACCUCUCUUUCUCUCAUCCUCUCUCCCAUUCAUCCGCCCUUCCUCUCACCCUCCCUUCCUCUCAUCCUCCCUUCAUCUCAUCAUCCCAUCCUCUCAUCCUCCAUUUCUCUUAUCCUCCUUUCCUCUUGUCCGCCCUUCCUUUCAUCCUCCUUUCCUCUCGUCCUCCCUUCCUCUUUUCCUCUCUCCCUCUCGUCCUCCCUUCCUCUCAUCCUCCCUUCCUCACUUCCACUCUCCCUCUCAUCCUCAUUUCCUCUCAUCCACCCUUCCUCUCGUCCUCCCUCCCCCUCAUCCGCCCUUCCUCUCAUCCACCCUUCCUCUCAUCCUCCCUUCCUCUCAUCCUCCCUUCCUCUCAUCCUCCCUUCCUCUCAUCCUCCCUUCCUCUCUACCUCUCUCCCUCUCAUCCUCCCUUCCUCUCGUCCUCCCUUCCUCUCGUCCUCCCUCCCUCUCGUCAUCCCUUCAUCUCAUCAUCCCUCCCUCUCAUCCGCCGUUCCUCUCAUCCUCCGUUCCUCUCAUCCCCCCUCCCCCUCCACAACAUUUUCAUUCUCUGUUUGCCAUUUGA